CUCUCUCUCUCUCUCUGAUAUUUUCUCGUAAUUCGACGGCUCAAAGAACUCCUUACUUCCUCUCAUUGCUUGUAUUUUCUUCAAUUUGUCCAUUGCGGUCUCUCUCACCCAAAAUACACACAGAUAUUCUCCUUACUCUUUCUUUAUAAGCUCAUCAUCUGUAUGUAGCUAGACUGACUGUAUUGCCUUAUAAUACUUGGAGAUUGAAGCCGAAGUGGAGGGAUUGCCUUCUAUCAAAUAUAGCUUCUAGAGAAUUUGGAAAUAGGAACAAUGUCAACUGUUGUAGCAGAUGGUGUUCCUGCUAAAAUUCCACCUGUUGCUAGCCCUGUUGAUGAGGAUCCUGUCAAAAUUGCAUCCAACAUCAGCUAUCAUGCACAUUACAGCCCUCAUUUCUCUCCUUUCAAAUUUGAGCCAGAACAAGCCUUUUAUGCUACAGCUGAGAGUGUCCGGGAUCGUCUGAUACAACAAUGGAAUGAGACAUAUUUUCAUUAUCACAAGCUGGACCCAAAGCAAACAUAUUAUCUAUCCAUGGAAUAUCUCCAAGGACGAGCUUUGACUAAUGCAAUCGGAAACUUGAAUGUCCAAGGUGGAUAUGCCGAUGCACUAAAUAAGCUGGGCCAUGAACUUGAGGAAGUUGUUGAGCAGGAGAAAGAUGCAGCACUAGGAAAUGGUGGUUUGGGAAGGCUUGCUUCAUGCUUUCUAGAUUCAAUGGCAACCUUGAAUUUACCUGCUUGGGGCUAUGGCUUAAGGUAUAGAUAUGGACUCUUCAAGCAGCGUAUAGGCAAGGAUGGCCAAGAAGAAAGUGCUGAGGAUUGGCUAGAGAAGUUUAGCCCUUGGGAAAUCGUCAGGCAUGAUAUUGUGUUCCCCAUCAGAUUCUUUGGUCAGGUUGAAGUCCAACCAAACGGAGCGCGAAAAUGGGUUGGAGGAGAAGUCUUACAAGCUCUGGCAUAUGAUGUUCCUAUACCUGGAUACAAAACUAAAAAUACAAAUAGUCUUCGCCUCUGGGAAGCCAAAGCAGUUUCAGAGGACAUUAAUCUCUUUGAAUUUAAUGAUGGACAAUACGAAACUGCUGCAAUUCUCCAUUCUAGGGCACAACAGAUUUGUGCUGUACUAUACCCUGGGGAUGCUACAGAAAAUGGGAAAUUAUUACGAUUAAAACAACAAUUCUUCCUAUGCAGUGCAUCACUUCAGGACAUUAUUCUCAGAUUUAAGGAAAGAAAAGUUGGAAAAGGCACAAGGUCAUGGUCUGAAUUUCCUGAUAAGGUUGCAGUGCAAUUGAAUGAUACCCAUCCUACUCUUGCUAUUCCAGAGUUGAUGCGGUUAUUAAUGGAUGACGAGGAACUUGGGUGGGAUGAAGCUUGGGAAGUUACAACUAAGACAAUCGCGUACACAAAUCACACUGUCCUUCCUGAAGCUUUGGAGAAAUGGUCACAAGCUGUGAUGUGGAAACUUCUUCCUCGACACAUGGAGAUCAUUCAAGAAAUUGACAAACGGUUUAUUGAAAUGGUGAAAUCCACGUCGCCAGACCUUGAGCAUAAACUCUCAAGUCUAUGCAUUUUGGAUAACAAUCCCCAGAAACCAGUGGUUAGGAUGGCAAACUUAUGUGUGGUGUCUUCACAUUCGGUGAAUGGUGUAGCACAAUUACAUAGUGACAUCUUAAAGGCUGAGUUAUUUGUGGACUAUGUUUCUAUCUGGCCAACCAAGUUCCAGAACAAAACCAAUGGAAUAACUCCUCGCAGAUGGCUUAAGUUCUGCAGCCCUGAGCUUAGUCAGAUAAUUACUAAAUGGCUAAAAACGGAUGAAUGGGUUACAAAUCUUGACCUUCUAGUAAAUCUUCGUAAAUUUGCAGACAAUGAGGAAUUGCAGGCUGAAUGGAAAUCAGCUAAGUUGGCUAACAAGAAACGGUUAGCUCAGUACAUUCUACGAGUGACUGGUGUAGACAUUGACCCGAACAGUCUCUUUGACAUACAAGUCAAGCGAAUUCAUGAGUACAAAAGGCAACUUCUUAACAUUCUGGGUGUUAUUUAUAAGUACAAGAAAUUAAAGGAAAUGAGCGACGAAGAGAGGAAAAAUACAACCCCACGAACAGUGAUGAUUGGAGGAAAAGCAUUUGCAACAUAUACAAAUGCAAAAAGGAUUGUUAAACUUGUGAAUGAUGUUGGUGCUGUGGUAAAUACUGAUCCACAGGUCAACAACUAUUUGAAGGUUGUGUUUGUCCCGAAUUACAAUGUAUCUGUUGCGGAGAUGCUUAUUCCAGGAAGUGAGUUAUCGCAGCACAUAAGCACAGCAGGAAUGGAAGCAAGUGGAACGAGCAACAUGAAAUUUGCUCUCAAUGGAUGUCUAAUAAUAGGGACACUUGAUGGAGCUAAUGUUGAAAUAAGAGAAGAGAUUGGAGAACAGAAUUUCUUUCUGUUUGGCGCAACUGCUGAUCAAGUCCCCAAGCUUCGAACAGAAAGAGAGAAAGGACUUUUCAAGGCGGAUCCUCGGUUUGAAGAAGCUAAGAAAUUCAUAAGAUCUGGAGCAUUUGGAAGCUAUGAUUACAAUCCACUUCUGGAUUCUCUGGAGGGAGACACUGGUUAUGGACGUGGCGAUUACUUUCUGGUUGGUCAUGACUUUCCAGGUUACAUGGAGGCACAAACAAAAGUGGACGAAGCUUACAAGGAUAGUAAAAGAUGGACAAAGAUGUCUAUAUUGAGCACAGCUGGGAGUGGGAAAUUCAGCAGUGACCGCACAAUUUCUCAGUAUGCCAAGGAAAUCUGGAACAUAAAAGACUGCCCUGUUCCAUAACUGCAAGUAAGAUGGAUUCAUUAUUUUCUCACAAAUAAUAACAAUAAUAAGCCAUAAAAGUCGGCUUAAGUGACCAUGAGGUCAUGGAAGCAGGCAUGGUUAUGGAACAGCUGUUUAGUGUGUUUUGUUGCAGGCAUAUAUAUACUUGUACUCUUUAUAGCUUUUGUAUGCAAUUACUGUUUGUUUGUAUCCAAAUUAAAUUUAUCUAAUAUAUAGGAUUUGCCUGGCCUAUUAUGUAUUCAA